UGUAACCCUGCGGUACACGUGCGUGCGCCAGGUGGUCGCUGCGGUAGCAUGGACGCUUUGGAUCGAGUUGUAAAGCCCAAAACAAAAAGAGCCAAGAGAUUCCUUGAGAAAAGAGAACCGAAACUCAGUGAAAAUAUUAAAAAUGCUAUGCUGAUUAAAGGGGGCAAUGCAAGUUCAACAGUGACACAAGUACUUAGAGAUGUGUAUGCACUGAAGAAACCAUAUGGAGUUCUGUAUAAAAAGAAAAAUAUUACAAGACCAUUUGAGGAUCAGACAUCAUUGGAAUUUUUUUCAAAGAAGUCAGAUUGUUCUUUAUUCAUGUUUGGCUCCCAUAAUAAGAAGCGGCCAAAUAAUCUAGUAAUAGGUCGUAUGUAUGACUACCAUGUGCUGGAUAUGAUCGAACUAGGUAUCGAGAAGUUUGUCUCCCUUAAAGAUAUUAAGAAUAGUAAAUGUCCGGAGGGAACAAAACCCAUGUUAAUAUUCGCAGGUGAUGAUUUUGAUGUAACAGAAGACUACAGAAGGCUAAAAAGCCUUUUUAUUGAUUUCUUCAGAGGCCCCACAGUAUCAAACGUCCGCCUGGCUGGUUUAGAGUAUGUUCUGCACUUCACUGCACUGAAUGGGAAGAUUUACUUUCGAAGCUAUAAGUUGCUGUUGAAGAAAUCUGGCUGCAGAACACCUCGGAUUGAAUUGGAAGAGAUGGGACCCUCAUUGGAUCUGGUUCUGAGGAGGACACACCUAGCAUCAGAUGACCUUUAUAAGUUAUCUAUGAAAAUGCCCAAAGCCCUCAAGCCAAAGAAGAAGAAAAAUGUCUCUCAUGAUACUUUUGGUACAACUUAUGGAAGAAUUCAUAUGCAGAAGCAAGACCUAAGCAAACUACAAACCAGGAAAAUGAAGGGGUUGAAGAAGCGACCUGCAGAAAGGAAAGCAGAAGACCAGGAGAAAAAAUCAAAGAGAAUUAAAAAGGAUUGAUGGAAUAUAGCCAAUAACUGCAUUUUUAUUGUAGUCUUUACUUAGAAUUAUCAAGCAUCAAUUAUUUCAGAGUUUCUUGUAAGGUUUUAUUGUAUAUUUUUAUAACUUGAUAAUUUACCUAAAUUAUAUAUUAUAUACAUUGUGAACAGUAACAUACUAGUAUUAGGUUGAAAGUUAGGCUCUUACUGGAGACAUUACACCCUGGUAUGCCGUUUUCUCUCUGUGAUGUGACAUUUCCCUCUGCCUACCCCCUACAAAGUCU